AUGAUCUCGAACGGUCCUUUGCGACAUGUGGAGCAUCGUCGGGAAAACAGUAAUCGCCGUCGAGCUACUUCAUUCAACCACUUUGCAAGACCACCAGCACCACACUAUUCCGCCUCCAGUGGAUCGUCGUCUUCACGUACGCAAGCUACGGAUAUCACACCCAUGACAACACAGUCUCAUAGCUCAUUUUUACCUGAAGGGAUACCAGAGCACAACAAUAGUAUGCGAUCGUUGCACGAGCGUAUGGCUCAACUAUCAUUGGAAACCAAGUUUAAGCAACCAUCAUCCAAUGACAAUGGUGAUAAUCGACCUCGUCCAAGCAUGAGUCAAUCACGUUUACCGAGACGCCAACUUGUCCGCCUCUCGCAUAAGACGCAACCACAACAGCAGCAGCAGCAACAGCGGGCAGCAGCAAUUGUAGAUCAGACAAUACCCCGCACAAGCAAGAGUGAAACAACAACUCAGCGUUACCAGGUUGGAUCUCGAUUAGACCCACCACCUUAUCGACAUAAUCUACAUUCUAUAUGGGUGGCUGAAGAAGAAGAGGAAGAGGACAACGACGACGACGACGACGAGGAUAGCCAUGGCAACCAUCACCUUGAUCCAUCCCAUCAUGAUCAAACCGAGUCAUAUUUAUAUCAACACUUGCAUGAUACUUUUGAUGAUAUACUUGAUGAUCAACAAGACCACACAAUUGAGCAAAUCAUUCAACGAUUACGGAUAUGCUUAGAUGAACGGCAAGCUCGGAUUGACGAAUUGGAAGCAAGACAUGGUGGGACGACCGAUGACUACAAAGCCGAAUUUGAAUCGGAAAAGCGCACAUUGCUUGAAAAGCAAAGAGAUCAAUUUGAAACAUUGAAGCUAAAGUAUCGUGUUGGCCUUGAACAAAUCGUGGAUCAGUGGUUGAGUCAAGAAGAAGCAAAGCAAGAACAAUGGAUGGAUCAGAUACAAAAGGAAGCCGAAGACCGAGUAGCACGUAUCGAGACACAAUGGAAAGAACGCAACUCAAUUUUGCAACAACAAUUAGCACAAUACAAAUCGUCAUAG